AUGACGAAUGCUUAUGUUCAAACAUUCUGCGCUACCAAAAUAUCUGGAGCUGAACUUGAAUUAACACUUGACCCUAAACCUCCUGUCGCUGGACAACCCAUCACGCUUACUGUUUCUAGUGAUUUUAGAGACGAUAUUACUGCAGGAACUUAUAUUUAUAUUAAAUUAUUAGAAGGUGCUAUUGGUAAAGAACCUCUUGAAAGAUGCGAAUAUAAACAGAAAAUUUGUAUUGGAAACGAAGCUUUGUGUCCAAUCUCAGUUGGAAAAACAGUUAAAGUAAUUACAAAUAUUACAAUGCUGAGUGAAAUUGAAAUUAAGAUUAGUGAUCUUAUAAUUUUAGCCUAUAUUGGCAAACCAAGAGAAUCAGAUGGUUAUGUGGAAACUAUUGGCUGUGCAUGUUAUUCAAGCAACCCUACAUAUUGUACCAAUUUAUCGCACAAUUCAUUUUGA